UAUUAAGGAAAUUCGCUUUUUUGGUCAAAUUCUGAAAAUGUUGGAAUGACGUGAUAGUUGCCCCAAUACUAGCAGAGAAUAUUAGAGUUAAUUAAUAUAACAAAAAAUGUUAUUAGUAUAACAGAACAAAAAACGUUUUCUCGCUGAUAACGCGCCGUGACGUCACAUACCAGAACAAAUCGACUGCGCAGGCGCGUGACACAGACGGCGGGCAAGAUGGCGGACCAGUGGCUAAACGAGCUACCAAAACACGAGCUUUUCAAAAAACUCGGGCAGAAGUUGGAUCCUGCCAGCAAAGGUGAUGUGAGAGGAGUCGCUAAGAACCUCACUUUUUGCUUGGGCGGUGACUUUUUCGUUUGGAAUGACAGCGAGCGAGUCUUCUACACGACUAACUUACGCCAGUUGAACACCGAGGACAGCAGCAGCGGGAAGUUCCAGACCCUCAUGUGCAUCGACCCUCCGCGGUUCGAGGUGUGUCAGCUUCUACUGAGUCCGUCCCAGCAUCACAUCGCUCUGGUGGGCCAACGAGGAGUCUCGGUGCUGGAGCUGCCGCAGCGGUGGGGCAAGAGAUCCGAGUUCGAGGGUGGCCGCAGCGAGAUCAACUGCAAGACCUCGCCGGUGGCGGAACGCUUCUUCAGCAGCUCGCCGUCUGUGAGUCUGCGGCAGGCGGCCUGGUUCCCCAGCGAGACGGAGGAGUCUCACUUGGUGCUGCUCACAUCCGACAACACCAUUCGGUUUUACGGCCUGAAGAGUCCGCAGACGCCGGUGAAAGUGCUGCCAUUAUCGCAGUCGGACGAGGACAGCGGCGUCCGACCUCCCGUCCGCUCCUACGCUGCUUCUCUGGGUGAAGUCGCAGUGGCGUUUGACUUCGGUCCGGCCACCUCCAUCCAAUCAAAGCGUGCAGUCAAGACCUUCAAAGACCAACUGACCUAUCCUCUGUACAUCCUCUACGAAAAUGGUGAAACCUACCUGUGCUACGCCAGUCUUUUCAAUGGUGUGAGGCUCAGCAGACCAGCAGGUCCGCUGCCCAUGUAUCCGGCGGCCGAGGAUAACUACGGCUAUGACGCCUGUGCCAUCCUCUGCCUGCCGUGUGUCCCCAGCAUCCUGGUCAUUGCCACGGAAACGGGAACUUUGUAUCACUGCGUGGUGCUGGAGUCUGAGGAGGAUGAAGACAUGGGGGCUGUGCAGACGUGGUCGCAGGGCACAGAGGCCGUACCAGCUCUGUAUGUUCUCGAGUGUGUCGAGCUGGAACUGACCCUUAAAGUUGCCGGAAGUGAAGACGAGGACGUUCAGGAGUUUGAUUUCACCUGUCCUAUCAGGCUGCAUAAGGACCCUCUGUGUCAGCACAGGUACCACUGUACCCACGAGGCAGGGGUUCACAGUGUGGGUCUCAUCUGGCUGAGCAGGCUGCAGACGUUCCUGCAGUCCAGUGAGGAGGACAAGGACAGUCUCCAGGAGCUGGCAGCAGAGAAACGCUGCAUUGUGGAGCACAUUCUCUGCACCAGACCGCUGGCGUCCAGCCAGUCAGCGCCGGUCCAGGGUUUUCUCAUCAUAUCUGACUUGUCUCUCGGGGCCACUAUGAUCUGCAUCACCAGCACCUUUGAGUGUAUUCUGCUGCCUUUGCUGACAUCCAUCCGUCCACCGUCUCCUCCCCUGCUCUGUGCUCAUCCAGGUCCUGGGUCUGGCAGCUCUCCACUGCGCGGUCUAGCGGGCAGUUCGUUCGAGAAGCACAUUCGCAACAUCCUGGUGAGAAGCUCCACAAACCCUGUGGUGCUGAAGGCGGGAGAUAACAAAGACGCAGCACCGCCCCCUCAAGAGUGCCUGCAGCUCCUCAGCAGAGCCACGCAGGUCUUCCGGGAGGAGUACAUCCAGAAGCAGGACAUGGCCCGAGAGGAGCUGCAGAAGCGCGUCAAACUGCUGAUGUGUCAAAAGAGCAAGCAGCUGGAGGAGAUGAACCUCUGCCGGGAGGAGAAGAAGAGUCUGAGCGAGGCAGCUGAGCAACUGGCGGUUAAGUACGAGGAUGCCAAGUACCAGCAGGACGUCAUCAUGAAGAGAGUGAAGUCCGUUCUGGGCUGCCUACAGCGGCGACUGCCCAUCUUGUCCAACAGCGAGAAGGACAUGAAGAAGGAGCUGCAGAGCGUCAGCGAGCAGCUCAAGCACCUGGACAACUGCAUCAAACAGGUCAACAUGAAGCUGAACUAUCAGAAGUCGCAUUUGGACAAGGACGCCCCGGCCAAGAGGAGCAGCGUGACCCUCAACGCCCACCAGAAGAAGGUGGUCCAGGACGUCCUGAGAGAACAGGGGCAGCAGAUCGGAGACAUGAUGAAGCAGCUGAAAGAUGUGAAAAACCAUUUCAGCUUCUGAGAACUUGAGAAUCAUAUGUUUAAUCUACAACCUUUUCUAAACCUUGUGAUAUGUAAAUUCACUAGAAUUGAGCUGUUUAACAGCAGCACUUGUUUGGAUGGUAUCAACUGACUCAUGACCGACUCGCCUUUCACUAUUUACCGGGCUCGUCUAAUCUAAACCUCCAUGGCAGGAACAGAUCACUUGCAUCACAAUGAAUUCAGAGCUGUCUAAAAUCAGUCAUCUCACAGGGUUCACAAAGAAAACAUGUUCAUGUUCACCAUACUCAGAUGUUUAUCAAAAAAGAUUUGCUCUUUCUGUUGUCACAUUUCAUCAGGACAAAAUGUCAUACCUUUUUUUUUUUUUUUUUUUUU